AUGGCUGCCGCGGCGAAAGCUAGUAGCAGGCAUACGCGACUGGAUCUCCACGUCGUUGCGGACGAGGACUCGGUCUACGAACAAGAUGUUCUCCGCGACAUAUCUAGCGUCCGACCAUGGCUCGCGUACAUCGGCUUCAAGAUUCGGGACGGCAACCUACAAGAGCAAAAUUUCGUCAUGGCACGAGCAUGUGCCCAGUUGCCGCGGUCAUACAAACUCUGGAAACUCUUUCUCAACUUCAGAGUAAAGCACGUGGCCGAGCUUAACCCAACAACGUUCGCAACAGAAUACAAGAAAGUCAACGUACUCUUCGAGCGAGCAUUGACGCUGCUACAUAAGAUGCCAAGGAUUUGGGAAAUGUAUCUGCAGUUUCUGAUGCAGCAGCCAGUCGUUACGCUGACUCGCCGAACUUUCGACCGAGCUCUCAGGGCCCUCCCGAUCACGCAGCACAAUCGCAUAUGGGCCUUGUACCUCUCAUUCGCCAACGCCGCCUCGGGUGAAACAGCUGUCAAAGUAUGGCGACGAUAUAUGCAGGUUCAUCCGGAAGACGCCGAAGACUUCAUUGAGCUGCUUAUCAGUGCCGGAGCCUACACGGAAGCUGGGAAGCGAUAUGUCGAUCUUCUCAAUAAUGUCCGAUUUUCGAGCAAGAAUGGCAAGGGCCACUAUGAGCUCUGGGGUGAGAUGGUGGACAUGCUUGUUGAGCAUGCCUCGGAGAUCGACGUCGAACACGAAACCGGACUGGACGUGGAGCGAAUUAUCAGGAGCGGUAUAGCCCGAUUUGCUGAUCAGCGAGGCAGACUCUGGGCCGGGUUGGCCACCUACUGCAUUCGCCGAGGUAGCUUUGAACGAGCGCGAGACGUCUUUGAGGAGGGCAUUACGACGGUGAUGACCGUGCGAGAUUUUACUCUCAUCUUCGAUUCCUAUGUCGAAUUCGAGGAAUCCGUUAUUGGAACACUGAUGGAGCUUGCGUCAACACGCGCUGAACAGGGCGUGGUAGACGAGACCGCGGACUUUGAGCUCGAUGUUCGGAUGCUGCGGUUUGAGCACCUCAUGGACCGUCGCCCAUUCCUUCUCAAUGACGUCCUCCUGCGUCAGAACCCACACAAUGUCGCCGAGUGGGAGAAAAGAGUCGCUCUCUGGGGUGGAAACAAAGCAGAGGUCGUUCAGACUUACACCGACGCCAUAUCCUCCAUCAACCCCAAGCGGGCCGUGGGCUCCUUCCACCAGCUUUGGGCCAACUACGCAAAGUUCUACGAACGCGGCGGAGAUAUCCGAAACGCGCGCAUCAUUAUGGAGAAGGCUGUCAAGGUACCGUUCAAGUCGGUUGCCGAACUGGCCGACAUGUGGAUCGAGUGGGCGGAAAUGGAGCUUCGCAACGAGAACUUUGACGAUGCGAUCCGUAUUAUGACCAAGGCUGUGCAGGCUCCCAAGAGGUCAACAGUCGACUACUUUGACGAGACUCUGACGCCACAACAGCGCGUUCACAAGAGUUGGAAGCUCUGGAGUUUUUACGUGGAUCUUGUGGAAAGCGUUUCCACGCUGAGUGAGGUGCAAAAGGUUUACGAAAGGAUUUUCGAGCUUCGCAUCGCAACGCCGCAGACAGUUGUCAACUACGCCAAUUUGUUGGAGGAGCACCAUUACUACGAGGAAUCGUUCAAAGUUUACGAACGAGGCCUGGACCUGUUCAGCUACCCGGUAGCUUUUGAGCUGUGGAACCUGUAUCUGACGAAGGCGGUCGACCGUAAGAUCGGCAUUGAGCGACUGAGAGAUCUUUUCGAGCAAGCUGUGGAGGACUGCCCUCCAAAGUUUGCCAAGACGAUCUAUCUCAUGUACGGCAAUCUUGAGGAAGAGCGAGGCCUUGCCCGGCACGCGAUGCGGAUCUACGAGAGAGCAACGCGAGCGGUCGCAGAUGAAGAUCGUGCGGACAUGUUCAACUUUUACAUCACGAAGUCAGCCUCCAACUUUGGCCUACCAUCAACGCGACCGAUAUACGAAAGGGCCAUCACAGCACUCCCAGAUGCAGAGGCGAAGGACAUGUGCCUCAAGUUUGCGGAUAUGGAGAAGCGCCUGGGUGAGAUCGACAGAGCCCGGGCCAUCUACGGCCACGCAUCUCAGUUUUGCGACCCUCGGACGAACGCAGACUUCUGGGCGAAGUGGGAGCAGUUCGAGGUACAGCAUGGUAACGAGGACACUUUCAAAGAAAUGCUGCGGAUCAAGAGGAGCGUCCAGGCCCAAUACAAUACUGAUGUCAAUUUCAUUGCAUCACAGGCGCUGGCGCGCAGCCAACAGAAGGCCGACGCCAGUCCCGAGGACGAGGCGUCAGACGCUAUGGCAGCCCUUGGGAGACAGGCCGCAGCACCGGAGGGAUUCGUGGCUGCAAGUUCGGCUCCGCAGAAAGCCAGCCAUGGUGGAGGCGACGUUGCUCGUGUCUCAAACCCAGAGGCAAUCGACAUCGAUGGUCUCGAGGACUAG